AUGAAAAAGCAUAACAAGACUGCUCUUUGAGCAGACAAAAAGAAAGUUUAGUGGGUUAAACUUUCAACCAAAAUAAGUAGCUAAUCUUUGUCCAAAGAUUCCAGUCCUUUUUUUUUUUUUCCUUUUCUACGAUUAUUGGGCAUACGAUAAUCUUGUUCUGUCGUCCAUAUUAUCACUCGGGAGAUAAAAAGAUAAAAGAUAUCCCUCAUCAUCUUCUCUACUUUCCCUCUAAAGCUCCAUUUAAAGGGUGGAACUGCAACCUUAAAUAUAUGCAUGCAAUCUACAAAAGAGAGGGGAGUUUUGAAGAUGCAGUUUUGGAGCUCUAUGCAUGGAUUGCUAGUGGGAAGGAAGAUGGGAAGUAUAGAAACUGUGGCGAUUCUCAUAGUCUUCUCCUACCUUUGUAUCAAUAUUACAACUUCCUCACCUCUUCAGAAAUCUUUCCCUUCUUCAGAGGUAAUUCAACCAGCAAUUCUUCACAUCCUUGGUUCUCAGGGACAGUACUUUCAGAACUGGGGGUAUGUCAGCAGCUCUGUUGGUGACAGUGGUACAGCUAUAGCACGUGGUAGCAGGAUUGAAGGUGCACAUGGUCAAGAAGCUGCUAUGGUUGGUGGUUCCACUGGCAAUGGUGAGACUGGAAACAAUGGGGGGUCCAGAUCACCUUCUGGACAAGGAGGCGCAGCUUUAAUCCCGGUAUAUGUAGCCGGUGCCGCAAAUAACCAACAUCAGAAACAUCACCAUGGGUCUGGCAACCGCAACCGGAACUCCAUUGGACUGUCAACCUUGGUUGUAGCCACCUUGGCCUCUCUCCUCGCAGAUUUAUAUCACUGAUACGAGAAAACAAAUAUGGCCAUAGUGUUUGUGAGGGCUGUCUGUUGUGAGCCUACUUCUCAGAUGAAUAUUUUGAUGCAUAUAUCCGCUACCCCUGUAUUAUGUGUUGGAAGACAAAAGCUAUCAGUGUGCUUUAUUUGCUUUUACCUUGUUUAAAUUAAUAUAUGUUGAAGGGUGCAAAGUGAAGAUGUUCACAAGAAAAAUCUUAAAUAUAUGAAUGCAUGGAAGUCCACUCCAUUAAUGUACAUCUAGCAAGCCCGAAAUCCCAUCUGCUCUCUUUAUGCAUACUACCAGUGAAAUUCCAUGGGAAGGAAUAAUCUAAGAAGAUAGAUUACUGAAACUAGUGAAAAUGUGACAAGUUAGAAAUGAGCAAGUUGCUCAAGUUUGCGAGCCUAGAAAAACUUGCAGCGUCCCUUUCUGCUUGAUUCAGUUUCUUCACUCUUCCUCCUUGAUGUUGUGAAACCAACAUUGCUUAACUUCAAUUGCCGCUUGUCAUGACGACUUCUGGAAACAACUUCGUCCAUUUCAUCGAUUCCCU